GUUCCACUCCUCCGUAAGUGACGUCAUCAUAAACCAACAGGCACGAAGUGCCAGUGGCAGCCAUUUGCCGAGUUCUAUCCAUUCACGCAACCAGAUCGCCGCCGCCGCCGCCGCCGCCUCAUCUCCCAUCUUCCUUUCCACGCUUCCGCUCCGUCUCUCCUCCGAUCGGAUCUGCUCCCCGUGGCCAAAAGAUGGCGGCUCUGGCCCCGACUUCUUGUUUGCUCUACCGAGAGUUGUGCCACCGGGAACUGGGAACGCCCCCUUUAAGCAGCGGCGGAGCCUGCUCCUCGGUGGCCAUCUGCGGCGGAGGCGUCGAUUCCUCGCGGCCGGGGCGUGGGAGACGGGCGAGGUCGAGAGGGGAGGUGAAGGCGGGACCUUUCUGGCAGAGCGCGUCCCGGCCGACGUCGAUCGAGAUGGAAGCAAUCGCGAGUAUGGAGGACUUCGAUCGGAUCCUUGCGGCUUCGCAGGAGAUUUCUCAAGUCGUCAUCGUUGAUUGGAUGGCUACUUGGUGUCGCAAAUGCAUUUAUCUCAAACCAAAGCUCGAAAAGCUUGCUGCGGAAUACCAUCCAAGAGUUAAGUUCUACUUUGUGGAUGUCAAUAAAGUUCCUCAAGCACUGGUUAAGCGAGGGAACAUCUCAAAAAUGCCAACUAUUCAGCUCUGGAAGGAUGGAGAAUGGAAAGCCGAGGUGAUCGGAGGACAUAAAGCAUGGCUCGUCUUGGACGAGGUUCGUGAAAUGAUCCAAAAACAUUUGUGAUACCUCGUAUAUAUAGAUCUCCUUCUUCUCUUUUUGCAUAGUCUAAAAUGUAUGUUCAAAUCUAUUACUGAAACUUUGUGUUCUUAUGUUCAUAAGAUAAAGCUCAAAUUUAAACUCCAAAUGGAUUGACUGUGAACUAGCUCAUUGAUCAAUGAGUUCUUCCAAUUCAAUUCCACAUUUUCUCA